AUGUACCACUCAAAUGACACCAAGUUCCACCCCUCCUUUUUCUUGCUGUUGGGGGUUCCAGGCCUUGAAGAGAUGCACAUUUGGAUCGGGUUCCCUUUUUGCUCUGUGUAUUUGAUUGCUCUUGUGGGGAACACCACAAUCUUGUUUGUCAUCAAGAAUGAAAACAGCCUUCAUCAGCCCAUGUUUUACUUCUUGGCAAUUUUGGCCUCCACUGACUUGGGCCUAUCCACAGCCACUAUCCCCAAGAUGUUGGGCAUCUUCUGGUUUAACUUAAGAGAGAUUGACUUUGGGGGUUGUGUUACCCAGAUGUUUUUUAUUCAUCUAUUCACUGCAAUGGAGACUGUUCUGCUGGUUGCCAUGGCCUUUGAUCGCUAUGUUGCCAUUUGUAACCCUCUCCGGUACAGCCUGAUUCUCACUAACAGAACCAUUGGUCUUAUCCUCAUGGUGGUGUUUGGUGUCAAUUUCAUUUUGAUUAUCCCUCUGGUGUUUCUUAUCUUGAGACUUCCCUUCUGUGGACACUAUAUAAUCCCCCACACAUAUUGUGAGCAUAUGGGAAUUGCUCGGCUAGCUUGUGCUAAUAUAAAGGUAAACAUGAUAUUUGGUUUAAUUCUUGUAUCUACAGUGUUUGUUGACGUGAUUUUGAUUGCCAUAUCCUAUGUGAGAAUACUUGGGGCUGUGUUCAGCCUUCCUUCUAGAGAUGCUAGACUCAAAGCACUUAAUACAUGUGGCUCCCACAUCUGUGUAAUCCUAGUCUUCUUCAUACCUGCUCUCUUUUCCUUCAUGACCCACCGGUUUGGCAAGAACAUUCCUGGAUACAUUCACAUUCUCUUGGCCAAUCUGUAUGUUGUUGUUCCACCUGCCCUCAAUCCUGUGAUCUAUGGGGUCAGGACUAAGCAGAUUCGGGAGAAGGUUUCAAGUAUCUUUUUAAAAAAGGACUAG